AUGAAGAUGGUGAAGCGGAACUCAGCUACUAAUGGGUUCUCCUCCACCAAUUUAAUUGGUGUGGGUGGCUUUGGAUCUGUGUAUAGAGGAAUUCUUGAUCAAGGUAGAUAUACGGUUGCAGUUAAGGUGCUAAAUCUUUUGCUUCAUGGAGCUUCCAAGAGUUUCAUUACUGAAUGUGGGGCUUUGAGAAGUGUUAGACAUCAGAAUCUUGUAAAGAUAGUCUCGGCUUGUUCAAGUGUUGACUUUCAAGGUCAUGAAUUUAAAGCUUUAGUAUAUGAGUUCAUGUCUAAUGGAAGCCUUGAUGAGUGGUUGCAUCUAGCUACAAGAACAAAUAAUGUUCCCGAGAAACCAAAGAAUUUGAAUCUUCUUCAAAGACUAAAUAUUGUCAUUGAUGUUGCUAAUGCUUUGGAUUAUCUACAUCAUCAUUGUCAUACACCAAUCAUUCAUUGUGACCUCAAACCUAGCAAUGUUCUUCUUGAUGAUGAAAUGAUCGGACAUAUUAGUGACUUUGGUUUGGUAAGGUUCCUUUUUGAGGACACCCAUGAUUGUUUCUCUAAUCAAUCAAGCUCCAUCGUAUUCAGAGGAAUAAUGGGUUAUGCUCCGCCAGAUAAGAACGUUGCUGUGCCUAACUUCAACCUUGUUAAUCAACCAAGCCUAGACAAAAUACUAAAGGCCGAGGUGUUCGUCCAUAAUGACGGCCAGCUCAGAGUAGCACACCUCAUCCUUGGCUACACCCCCAUCUCCAAAAGCUACCAGGCGCUGAAGUGCAUCAUCAAAGUGAAUGACCCUCGUCUACAUUGGAUAAGUGUUGCCGCUUUGGGUUUUCUCAUCACCGAUUCGAUCCUAGAAGGCACACUCACCACCGAUCCCAUACUUGAAGGCAUACCAAAGGUAGCCCUGCUACCACAGCCUACAACUAGAGAGGCCACUUCUUCUCAUCCUGCCAUCACAAAGGAAGAAGAAGAAAAAGAAGAAAAAGCCGUUCAAGCCAUGUUCCGGGCAGAGGAGAUAACCAAUUUUUGCCACCGUCAGAUGAAAGAAGAAGAAGGGAGGCGCAAUGCUGCCGUGGAGGCCUUCAAUCUGGCUGAAAAAAGAAUAAGUGAAAUGAAAUGCAAAAUAUAUUUACCUGAAGGAGUAUACCCGAUUGUUCCUCUAACCCCAAUUGAGCUUGAUUGA